GUAGGCGCGCGCCAGGGCGCCGCGGGGCUGGAGAGGUCCGAGGGGCGCGCUCCCUUCGGCCACUCGGCCGCCGGGCUUGUGCCUUAUUUUAUUCCGUUUGUUCCCUUCCUGCUGCGGCAGCCGUCGCCACCGCCGGUUGGGGGUCGGCUAGAAGGGGAGCCCCGGCUGUCAGCUUGGGCGCAGCUGCCUCCCCAACCCUUCCGCUCCAGGGCACGGUCGGGGUGAGAGGUGGGGGGCAGAGCGGUCUGCGGAGGCUGAAGGCGCGAGCGGAGGGUCGGGGAACCAGAGGCUUUAUACCACCAGGGGCCAGCGGAGGAGCCGGGAGCCGUCCUCUCAGUUGGCCCAGGACACCCACCCAGCCCCGCCACGCAGAGCCAGGAAGGAAAGAGAGCCUCAUGCCUAAGCCGAGGGGAGCACCAUGGAUCUGACAAAGAUGGGCAUGAUCCAGCUGCAGAACCCCAGCCACCCCACGGGGCUCCUGUGCAAGGCCAACCAGAUGCGGCUGGCCGGGACGCUGUGCGAUGUGGUCAUCAUGGUGGACAGCCAGGAGUUCCAUGCCCACCGGACCGUGCUGGCCUGCACCAGCAAGAUGUUUGAGAUCCUCUUCCACCGCAACAGCCAGCACUAUACUCUGGACUUCCUCUCGCCAAAGACCUUCCAGCAGAUUCUGGAGUAUGCAUACACGGCCACGCUGCAAGCCAAGGCGGAGGACCUGGAUGACCUGCUCUAUGCAGCUGAGAUCUUAGAGAUAGAGUACCUGGAGGAGCAGUGCCUGAAGAUCCUGGAGACCAUCCAGGCCUCAGAUGACAACGACACGGAGGCCACCAUGGCAGAUGGCGCGGCCGAGGAGGAAGAGGACCGCAAAGCUCGGUGCCUCAAGAACAUCUUCAUCUCGAAGCAUUCCAGCGAGGAGAGUGGGUAUACCAGUGUGGCUGCACAGAGCCUCCCUGGACCCAUGGUGGACCAGAGCCCUUCCGUCUCCACCUCAUUCGGUCACUCGGCCAUGAGUCCCACCAAGGCUGCGGUGGACAGUUUGAUGACCAUAGGACAGUCUCUCCUCCAGGGAACUCUUCAGCCUCCUGCGGGGCCUGAGGAGCCCACUCUGGCUGGAGGCGGGAGGCACGCUGGGGUGGCGGAGGUGAAGACGGAGAUGAUGCAGGUGGACGAGGUGCCCAGCCAGGACAGCCCUGGGGCCACCGAGUCCAGCAUGGCAGGCGCUGUGGGGGACAAAGUUGAGGAGAGGGGCAAAGAGGGGCCCGGGACCCCGACUCGGAGCAGCGUCAUCACUAGUGCUCGGGAGCUGCAUUACGGGCGUGAGGAGAGCGCGGAGCAGCUGCCGCCUCCAGCCGAGGCUGGCCAGGGCCCCCCGGGCCGACCCGAGCACCCUGCGCCCCCAGCUGAGAAACACCUGGGCAUCUACUCUGUGUUGCCCAACCACAAGGCUGACGCCGUGUUGAGCAUGCCAUCUUCUGUGACUUCGGGCCUCCACGUGCAGCCUGCCCUGGCCGUGUCCAUGGACUUCAGCACCUAUGGGGGGCUGCUGCCCCAGGGCUUCAUCCAGAGGGAGCUGUUCAACAAGCUGGGGGAGCUGGCUGUGGGCAUGAAGUCCGAGAGCCGGACCAUCGGGGAGCAGUGCAGCGUGUGUGGGGUGGAGCUUCCCGACAACGAGGCCGUGGAGCAGCACAGGUAGGGCCCACUUGGGUCCCGUACCCCGCACCCUGCACCCCAGCCCUGGCCCUCUGGCUCGGACACCCUGCCUUCAUACCCAGCUACCCCCGUGCCAUGGGGCCUGUCUCCCCUGUUUUCCCUGCUCUUUGUAAAGAAACCCCCACUUUUUCUAAGUCCUGGGUGGGUUGGGGGACAUACCCUUCAUAUGUGGCAAGAGGGCCUGGGGUCUUUCCUGAGCAUUGGGGAACUCACGGGCCCAGCUUCUAACCAGGCUCUUCUCUCUUUUUUUGCUUUUGGGCUCCCAUUUGGUUUUCUGCUGUUGGGUCUGGUCGCCUUUACCUGGAGUGACUGGGAGGGAGAAGAGGAAGUGGGAUUGGGAAGAGGGUCUCCCAUGGCCUGGCCGUGGCCAUGUGGCCGGGUUUCAGGGACACAGGUGCCCAGGUCCCUGGGGAGUGCUCCCCCCCAAGGCAGGCGGUGUGCAGCUCCGGAGCAAGGCAGGGGCUGGUGCUGCUUCAGCCGUGGCCGUGUGAGCAGCUGCGGGUUCCACGCGUCAUUCCUGGUGAACGUUGAUCACCAGGAAUGUUGCUUCCUCCCCCUCCUCGUUCUCUGCCCCUGCGAACACAUUUAGAGGGAGUUGAUUUACAUUCAAGGGGGAAGACGGGUAUGAGAGUCUGGAUUUUGCAGUCUGCAGUCUUAUUCUUAACCCAUCCUAUUCACGUUGAAUUAAAUGCGACUAGGGGCCAGCACUGCUCCCCUCUGGCUUCUGUUUCUCUGUGACACGACCAUUCACUGAGCUUCUAUGGCAGGCCUGGUUCAAUUCUAAGUGCUUUACACGGAGUCAUAUUUUUGUUACAACAGUCCUCUGGGGUUGGGUGUUCUUCUUUCAUGUAGGAAGAUGCUAAGACCCUUUCCUGGGGUCACAUAGAUAGUAAGAGACCGGGUUGGAUUCAAAUUCAGGUC